AUGAAAGUUCUAACACAAAUUUUCUCAAGGAAGGAAUGUUCAUGUUGUGUACUUAUUGCUGAAAAGUUUGUGCUGACUUCACCAGAGAUAUUGGCGGGGAAAGGAAUCAGCCGACUUCUGGUUUGCAGAAGUGAUUCUUUGGUAUUUCGAAGAGAAUCUCGGGCUUGGAGGAGGCCAGCUAUCAGAAUUAGGAGUUACUUGGAUAAGUCUUGGAUUCAUCAUCACACUAGGGGAAGUGUAAAGUAUUUUGAUGGCAUACAUGACUUCAUUGAUGUGGCUAGGCGUCAUGCAGAAGUAGACAGUAGGUCCCGAUGUCCAUGUCGUCGUUGCAAAAAUAGGACUUAUCAUCAAAUUGAAGAAGUUAAGCAGCAUCUCUUGAGAAAUGGGAUGGACAAGGGGUAUACCAAUUGGAUAUAUCACGGGGAGGCUCGUCAAAGCAACAAUAAUGUUAAUAUUGAUGCUAAUGUCAGUAGGGAAAAUGUCCACGAUGAAGAUGGAAAUGUAGAUAAUGUGUUUGAAUUGUUGAAUAACAUACAAAUGGGAAACUUCACUAAUGCACCACAACAAGAAGAUUCGCCUGAAGUUGAUGUUGGAGGAGGAAGCUUUGAUAGAUUGUUAAAUGAUGCACAAUGUGAAUUGUGGCCAGGUUGUGAAAAAUACUCUAAGUUGUCAGCGAUAUUAAAGUUGUUCCAUGUGAAGGUUACAAGCCGAAUGAGCAGCAAAUCAUUUGACAUGAUGCUUGAUGCAUUUAAGGAUAUGCUUCCCGAUAAUAAUGUGUUACCAAAGUCUCAUUACGAGACUAAAAGCUUGUUACGAGACUUGGGUCUCGGAUAUGAUUGUAUACACGCAUGUAAACAUGAUUGUGUUCUAUUUUGGAGGGAAAACGCAAGUAAAGAAAAUUGUCCACAAUGUGGUGAAUCGAGGUAUAAACCUCACGAAGGUAAGGGUAAGAAAAUCCCUCAAAAGGUUCUCCGGCACUUCCCAUUGAAAUCAAGACUUCAACGGGUGUUUAUGUCAAAGGAUACAGCCUUAGAUAUGCGGUGGCAUAAGGAGAAACGUGUGAAGGAGACAAAUGAGUUAAGACAUCCAGCUGAUUCAAAAGCUUGGGAGGAUUUUGAUAGUAAGCAUAGUUGGUUUGCUGCUGAUCCUCGUAAUGUUCGUGUUGGAUUAGCAACUGAUGGAUUCAAUCUAUUUGGAAAUAUGAGCAAUGCGUAUAGUAUGUGGCCUGUGAUGAUUAUGCCUUACAAUUUGCCACCUUGGAUAUGUAUGAAGGAGCCAUAUAUAUUUAUGUCAUUGCUUAUUCCUGGUCCAACAUCGCCUGGUAAUGAUAUUGAUGUGUACAUGCAACCUUUGGUUGAAGAGUUAAAAGAAUUGUGGCGGGAUGGUGUGAUGACAUAUGACGCGUACAAUAAAUGUAACUGUAAAAUGCAUGUGGCAAUGAUUUGGACCAUUAGUGAUUUUCCUGCCUAUGCGAUGGUAUCUGGAUGGAUGGCAAAGGGUUAUCUAGCAUGUCCGAAUUGUAACAAAGAAACAUGUUCUUGUUUUUUGAAACACGGACGUAAGAUAUGCUACUUGGGAAGUCGUAUGUUUUUAUCGUUAGAUCACAUUUUCAGAAACCAUCACAAGCAAUUUAAUGGCAAAAGUGAAGACAAAGGGCCACCAAAGCAGUUGACGGGUAAUGAUAUUCUGGAACAACUUAACCUCAUACCCGAGGUUAGUUUCGGAAAGGGGCCAAAUAAAAAGAAGCGAACUCCUGAGGAAUUUGAACUUAACUGGACGAAGAAGAGUAUUUUCUUUGAACUACCUUACUGGAAGACCAUUUUGUUGCGGCACAACCUGGAUGUUAUGCAUAUAGAGAAAAAUAUAUGCGAUAGUGUGUUGGGGACAUUAUUGGACAUUGAAAGGAAAACUAAGGACACAUUCAAAAGUCGGUUGGAUUUAGAAGCAAUAGGGAUUAGAAAAGAACUCCACCUGAGACGUAAUGGUGAAAAAUUUGAGAUGCCACAAGCGCGCUACACAUUGUCAAAGAAUAAUAAAAGACAACUAUGUGAAUGGCUAAAAUCAGUUAAGUUUCCAGAUGGCUAUGCAUCGAACAUAAGUCGGUGUGUGAAUGUUAAUAAUUGUAAGAUAUCUGGAUUGAAAAGUCAUGAUUCACACGUUCUCUUACAACGUCUCCUCCCUAUUGCUAUACGAGGAUUCUUAAAUUCAGAUAUUUGUAACACAAUAACUGAGCUUGGUUUAUUCUUCAAGGAAUUGUGUUGUCGAACUGUCAAAGUGGAUGUCUUAGAGGCAAUGGAAAGGGACAUUGCUGUUAUACUAAGUAAGUUAGAGAUGAUAUUUCCUCCGUCAUUUUUUGACAUUAUGGUGCACUUGGCUCUGCAUUUGCCGCAUGAAGCCAUCAUCGCAGGCCCUGCACAAUAUCGAUGGAUGUACCCGAUUGAAAGAUUUUUGCAUACUCUCAAAUUGUACGUCCGUAACAAAGCACGUCCGGAAAGGUCCAUUGCGGAAGCUUACGUGGACGAUGAGUGCCUCACAUUUUGUUCAAAAUUUCUUAGAGGGAUUGAGACAAGGUUCAAUAGAGAAGAAAGAAAUAGUGAGGGGAACUACAACAAUAAUUGGUCCACAUUUUAUGAUCUAAAGCAAGUGGUUCGACCGAUAGGAGCACAAAGUUUGGACAUAUUGCCCCGUGUGAACAUAGAGAUGGCCCGAUUGUACGUUUUACAGAAUUGUGAAGAUGUUUUGUCAUAUGAAGAAAAACACAAGGUAGAACUUGAGAGAGAAAAUCCGCGCAAUGUUCCUCAAAGACAUGCUAAAGAAUAUUCGAGGUGGUUCGAAACAAAAAUAAAGGAAAUGCGUCAUCAUCAAAAGGAAACAACUUGUGAUGAUCUGUAUUCAUUAGCGUGUGGACCUCAAUGUCUAGUAAGUCGAUAUUCCGCGUGUAUUGUAAAUGGGAUUAGGUUCCAUACUAAGGAAAGGGAGCAAAAUCGACGAACACAGAAUAGUGGCGUGUUAGUGAAAGGAGAAGACCAAGAUUACUAUGGUGCCCUAACAGAUAUCAUUGAGUUAAGAUAUCUUCUGGGUAGAAAAAUUUUUCUUUUCAAAUGUGAUUGGUUCGAUGUUAGGAUUGGUACCGGUGUACAUAAAGAUACCUAUUUCACAAGUGUAAAUGUAGCCAGUAGAGCAUACAAAAAUCAGCCGUUUAUGUUAGCAAAUCAAGCAUUGCAAUGCUUCUAUGUCAAAGACAACAAAUUACAAGGGACGUGGGAGGUAGUUCAAGAUAUAACAAGUAGAAGCUCGUUUGAUGUACCUGAAAAAGAGGGUGAAACAAGAGUACAUGAUGAAGUGCUCAACACUACAGCAUACCAAGAGAGCGAACCAAGCAUCGUGGAUGGAAUUGUUGAAGCGGACUUGGACAUGGAUCCAUUCCCUUUGAACAGGGACGAUUUGGAGGGUGAAACUCUUGAUGCUGAAAUGAUUCAAAAAUGUAGGGGUGAAGCAGCCAUUAAUGAUGACUUUUGGGAUGUUGAGAAUGAUGAAACUCUUGACAUUCAAUAUAGUUCAGAUGAGGAACCAGAAUUAAUGUUUGAAGAUGAUACUGAUUUGGAUGACAUGUGA